CUUCAGGAAGCAGCAUCCCGGAGGGGCUUCAGCCGGGAGGCACCUCACAGCUGGCCGGCCGGCCGCGCCCCUCGCCCCGCCCCGCCCCACUGGCCGCUCCGGCAGCCCCGCCGUCCUUGGCCCGGGCACAGGCAGCGCAGGCAUGGCGGGGCGGCUGGUGAACGGGACACAAGUGUCUUAUAUUGGCCAGGACUGCAAAGAAAUUCCAGAAUUCCUUGGGAGAAAAUAUGGAAGCAUCGCGAAGAGGCUGGACCUCAGCUUCAAUUUAUUAAGAUCCCUGGAAGGACUGCAGGCUUUCAGCAGCUUGGAAGAGCUCAUUCUGGACAACAAUCUUCUCCAAAGUGACCUCCACUUACCCAGCUUGCCACACCUUCAUACCCUGAUGCUCAACAAGAACCAAAUAACAGAGCUGGAGGGCUUGCUGGAUCACUUGGCUGAAGUUGCACCUUCCCUGGAGUUCCUUAGUUUGCUGGGAAAUUCAGCCUGUCCAAACGAGCUGGUCUGCAAAGACAAGGAUGAGGGAGAUUACCAGAGAUACAGGCAUUUUGUCCUUCAUAAAUUAACCAACCUGAAGUUCCUGGAUUCUCGAAAAGUCAGCAGCAAGGAACGGGAAGAGGCCAUUGUGAGGGGAGCCUUCAUGAAAGUGGCAAAGCCCCUGGAUAAUGAGGAUUCCAUGGAAGAUAUUUCUACCACAAAUCAGAUGUCCUACACACCUCUGCCUUCUGGGACAAGGAACCUCACCCACCACAGAGGUGUUCUGGGGAAAUGCCGCUAUGUCUACUAUGGGAAGCAUUCAGAAGGCAACCGAUUCAUUCGUGAUGACCAGCUUUGAGGUGUGCAUCAUCCUAGUUGUUUGCGCGUGCUACCCAACACAUCUUCCAUUUGCAUCUGCAGAUCAAGCCAUGCAGUGGUACACCCCAUACACCCACACAGAACACCCACACAGAACACCCACCGUGUUCAAUUGGUCGAAGGGAAAGAAUGAGGAAGUGUCAAUCAGAGUCCUCCAGUAUCUUCUGCUGACUUUGCCGGGCCUGUUAUAAAGCAUCCUUCUGCUCAAGUCUGAGUAGACACAUAGAUUUUGACAGGAUUGCCUUUAAGCAGGUUCCAACUACCCCGGUGACAGACGGCUGCAGCAAAGCACCAGACCUGACAGCAGGGACACCCAUGAUGGAUUGCCUGACCCAAAUGUUGCUUACAAAAGAGCAAAAGGUCACACCUGGGUCUCCCUGAGCAUGCUCAGACGGUCCGAAGGAUCUCCCUUCUGGCUUUCCGCCUGUUGAGUGUGAAAUCUACAUGUCUGUCGAAAAAGAACGGGUGCAAUUGGAGCAGUUUAAAGGGCAUCGCUUCCUUAUCCAACUUUAUUUUCCAGAAGAAUUAAAUAUUUCAGGUGGGCCUACGAAGAACGUGUGGAGGGCACGGCAGGGGGUGUGCUGCUUGCAAAGGAAAAAUAAAUGUGAUUUAACUGUAA